GAAUUUUCGCAUCAUGUCCGAUUUAUACGCAAAGGUUGCUUGUCUUAUUAUUUGGAACCUUUCGAGUUAUUGCCAGUAAUUCUGAGCAAAUUGCUACUGGUAUGAGCAGUGAAGCUAUUGGGGUAUCGGUUGCACCUAGCUUUUUUCAGUCCUGCGUUAGUGAUGGAAAAACGGCUCGAAUGGAAGACGUGUUGCGAUAUAAGGUUGCUACAAGGAUAAUGAAGCAAAUUAUCGAUCAGUUUGCAUCAUUCGACUUAUUUGGCCGUGAUAACUAUGAAUAUUAUGCACGAGUUACGGGCCGUGUGCUACGUGUACAAAAUGAGUGGAUUUGCAGUUUUCGAUAUCCAGCACCUCCUAGAGUACAACUAUCAUUGGAAACGGAAAAGACUUGGUUGCAAUGUCAAUGCGACCGAUGGGUUUUGAACCAGGAGGAAUCACAAUCAACGCCACUUUUGACUACGACCACUACGAAUGUUUGUAACAGUUCUGUAUCACUGGGCAUGAUACCCGAACACACGUUGCUAGAGUCAUGUGCACGUCUUUCAGUCUCGCUUGAAGGUCCCAGUCUUUUUGCCAAUCCAUCACAUUCAUCAUCUUCACAUUCAUCGCAUUCCAGUCAAUUGAAUCAUAAUAUGACUUUAGAUGAGUUAAGAGCGGUCAAUCGGUAUGCUGAAAGUACAAAGAGUUUAUCAUAUCUGCCCCAGGCACUGCCUAUUAGGCAGUUUGGGUUCAGAAAACCUCUCUCUGUUAAAAGCACCAUAAUAUAUUGUAUAUAAUCAUUUUAGGUAUUAAAGUACAUAUAGGAAUUGGUCCCGAACACUUUUUUCGAUCGUCAUAAUAACUCAUGAAAUACGUAAAAAACUCGUUUUUGAGACAGGCAGUAUUGGUUCCACAAAACUGUCAAAAACCAAACUAAUUAACCCUCUAAUGCAUACAACCGCCUCUAGACGGGCAACAUUUGAACGCCUGUAUAACGUAAACCGUACGUCGUUUCACAUUGCUUCAAAAAACAUUUUUGUUCUUCAAGGUGUCCUCUAUAAUUUUGUCUUUUGCACUAUUAGUGUACAUCAAGUGGUUGUCGUAUUAUAAACAAAAAUGUGUGCAAAACAAUAAUUUGACAAAAUAAAUUAUUUGGACCACACGUUAGACAAAUUUUUGACACUUUUAAACAAUGGAUUUGAUUGUCUCCGAUUUAUGUCAAUCGCAUUUCUUGACUAAACCAUGAGGAAUCUAGGAUUAUGAAUAUUUUUUUAAUUAUUUACGACCAAAAAUCAACUAAAUACCAGUACUCCCAGCCCUGGGAAAAAUUAAUGCAUUAGAGGGUUAAAUAUAUGUAUUUAAUUUUAUAUAUAAAAAAACCAGGUUAUUUGGAACGUUCCAUAAAAGUUAGUUUUUCAGAAAAGUUGAUCAUCUCUGUAAAAUUUCGAAUAACUUUUCCGAGAUUUUACUGUAUCAAAAGCUGAAAUUGCCAAAAGAUCUGCAUCCAAAAAACUCAGUUUAAGUUCGAAGAUGAGCCAUUUUCGACUUGACCCUGGGGUACAUGCCCCAAGAAAAACCUCCAAAAAAUGACAAAUUUGUAUGGGAUAAAGGUCCGUCUUUUUUGCCCGUCCGUCCGUUCAGCGUCAGAAGGACGGUCGGACGGACAUUGAAAUACGCUGAGGCUAUAAAAUGACGGACUUUCUAAGGAACACACAGAAAUAAAAUGUGGUAGGUUUGUGCUAUCUAUUGGUGACGAGUAUAGUU